CCUGAUGGCGGCCGGGCGGCCAUGGAGCACAUCAGCACCCCCAAGGUGGAAAAUGUGAAGUUGCUGGAUCGCUACGCCAGCAGGAAGGCAGCAAGCGGGACCCUGUACCUGACAGCCACACACCUGAUCUACGUGGAUGCCUCUGCUGAAGUCAGGAAGGAAACAUGGAUCCUGCACCACCACAUCUCCAGCGUGGAGAAGCUGCCCCUGACCACGGCUGGGUACCCCCUGCUCAUCCACUGCAAGAACUUCCACGUGGCUCACUUUGUGAUUGGCCAGGAGAGGGACUGCCACGAUGUGUUCACCUCCCUGCUCAAGCUCUCCCAGCCAGUGAAACCCGAAGAACUUUAUGCUUUCUCUUACAAUCCUAAAAUGUCCAAAGAGAGCCGGGAGAUGGGAUGGAAACUGAUUGAUUUGAAACUGGAUUACCAGCGUAUGGGCAUCCCCAACGGCUCCUGGGAAAUGACGGAUAUUAACAAGGACUAUGAGGUUUGCAGCACAUACCCUCCUGAGAUCGUGGUGCCUCGAGCUGCUACCAGGGCCGUGGUGAUGGGAAGUUCAAGGUUCAGGAGCCGAGGGCGGAUUCCGGUGCUUUCGUACUUGUACAAGGAAAACAAUGCUGCCCUGUGCCGCUGCAGCCAGCCCCUGGCCGGGUUCAGCGCGCGCUGCCUGGAGGACGAGCAGAUGCUCCAGGCCAUCCGAGAGGCCAACCCCGGCUGCCCCUUCAUGUAUGUUGUAGACACGAGGCCAAAGUUGAAUGCCAUGGCCAACAGAGCUGCUGGGAAGGGCUAUGAGAAUGAAGAUAAUUAUGAAAACAUUCGUUUUAAAUUCAUUGGCAUAGAGAACAUCCAUGUGAUGAGGAGCAGCCUGCAGAAACUGCUGGAAGUGUGUGAGAUGAAGUCUCCCUCCAUGAGCGAUUUCCUGACAGGGCUGGAGAACUCGGGCUGGUUACGGCACAUCAAGGCUGUGAUGGAUGCAGGUGUCUUCCUGGCCAAGGCUGUGAGGGAGGAGAGGGCCAGCGUGCUGGUGCACUGCUCCGACGGCUGGGACCGCACGGCCCAGGUCUGCUCCUUGGCCAGCCUCCUCCUGGACCCCUUCUACAGGACCUUCAAAGGCUUCAUGGUCCUGAUAGAAAAGGAGUGGAUUGCAAUGGGCCACAAGUUCUCACACAGGUGUGGCCACCUGGAUGGGGACCCCAAGGAGGUGUCCCCUGUGUUCACACAAUUUGUGGAGUGUGUGUGGCAGCUGAUGCAGCAGUUCCCCUGCUCCUUCGAGUUCAGCGAGCGCUUCCUGCUGGAGAUCCAUGACCACGUUUAUUCCUGCCAGUUUGGCAACUUCCUGGGCACCUGCCACAGGGAGAGGGAGGAGCUCAGAAUCUUUGAGAAGACCCAUUCCCUGUGGCCUUUCCUCUUACAGAGGAAGCAGGAGUUGAGAAAUCCUUUGUACAGAGGAUUUACAGCUUACAAAGAGCUUCAACCAAACACUCUACCUUUCAGUUUCCAGUUCUGGUGUGGGAUGUACAACCGCUUUGACAAGGGCAUGCACCCCAAGCAGUGUGUGCUGGACCAGCUGCUGAGCUGCCUGAGCCGGAGGGUGACCCUGGAGGACAGCGCAGCCGAGCUGGAAAACAAACUCCCUGUCCUCGACAGCCCCUCGCCCAGCAAAGGCUGCACCUCACGCAAGGCAGGAGCUGCUGCUGCCAAAGCCAACACUCCUCCUCAGGACUGUGCAGAGGGAGCAGCCCCAGUGCUGAGCAAUGGCCCCUCCCUGGGGCACCAGAAGCACAAGGAGAGCCCAGCCCAGCCCCAGGAUCUCGGAGCCUCCGGGGAGGAUGGGCAGGCUCAGCACCAGGGAUGAGCUCUGGGAGCUGCUGGGAGAAGCUCUGGGGAGCUGCUGCAGCCCCCACUUGCAGCUGAGUGUGAGUAGGGGUGUGCAGGGCUGGGGGAGCAGCUGCUGGGGGGCACCUCCUGCAGCUCAGGUGAUGCAGAGCUGCCAGGAGCCUGCCUGGCAUUCCUGGGAACUUGGCUUUCAGUGGCAACACGUGCAUUUCUGAGGGUUAGGGCUGCCUGCCAGCUCUGCUGUUUGAUGCUGGAAGAAACCUUGCCAGUUCCAUGAGGAGCUGGGCAGUAACUGCAGGAGGAAGGAUGCAAAUCCCUCUGUUCUCAGUGGUGGUCCAAGGUCAUCUUAAAACAAGAAAAAAUUUUAGUCCGUCUUCAAAUGACAAAAACUCCCCCAACCUCUCUUAGCUGUGAAUGAGUCUCUGCAUGGACCCCUGCCUUGUACCAGAACUGAUUCAUGUUUUGUUUCCUAUGCAUAUUUGUUACACAAAACCAAACCCUGUGCCUUCUCUGGGACUGUGUCUGUGUCCAGCCAGGCCACUGCAGGUUUUGUGCUGGAGUUUGCAGGGUGCUGUUGGUCCUGUCUGUAGUCGGUGUUUGUGAGAGGUUUUCUUCUGCUGCAGCUUCUCCAGGGUUUUUGCUGUUCCCCCGAGUUCAGCAGCUUUUUCCAAGCUGACCUCUUGAAGAGCCAGCUUUUAUGGACCUCCUUUAUUGAUGGGAGUGCAGAGCCAGCCCACAACACAUGGAUUUGUGAUAAGAGGGAGGAUUGGAAAUGAGGAAAGACAGCAGAACAUUUAUGUGGAAUUUUUCUCUCUUAUUUUGUGAUGUUGGUUAAACUGAAGCUAGAGACUAACUGUUCCAAGCUGGAAUCAUUGAUGAGACAGCAGUUACAGAUGGGGCUGUGUUCUGGUACUGAAAUGGGGCCUGAAAUGAUAAAAUCACUUGCUGAGUGAUUCUAGGCAAUGUUCAGAUUCCAGGAACUUUAGGGAUGUUUUGUCUGCCUCAUGAACAGUAUCUCUCGUGGCAAUGAACUUGGGAAGAAACAGAAGAAACAAGGACUUCUCUCCCAGGGAUUGGGUGUCACAAAUGAGUGCUUGAAGGUCACCCAAAAAUCGUUGGGAGGGGCAUCAGCAAAAGCAGGUUUGAUAUAAAAAGGUGUGACCAAAUUCAUUUGCAAGGUUCACUCUCUUACUUAUUACAUGGUUAAAGCACACAGAGAAAAACUAAAAUAGAAAAUCAAGCAAUCUAAAAGUAAAAUCAUCAGCGUGGAGGCUGGGGAUGGAAAAGGGUCAGGAUGAAAGGGAAUGAGGGACAUUCUCCUGUUGAGUCACAGGGUUCAGAGUGGAGCAGCCUCCCUGACUGAGCCCUGGAAUUAUCAACAAUUCAGGCCUAAAGUUUUCCUGGAAUCAGAGAAUCAGUAGCAGCACUUGAACUCAACAGCAGAGAAUCAGCAGGUAAGGAAUUGAACAAGGGGUUUGUGUAGAAUUCCCUGUAAGCACAACAGGAGCUCCCUUAGAGGCUGAGCUCACAAAUCCAAAGUACUCCAUAAUCCAGGAGAGCAGCAUUCCCAGUGCUUUGGCUCUGGCACAGCCCCAAGGACCAGGUCCAGGUGUAUCCCUGGGAAAAAUUCCCCACGAGUUUUCCCUUUUUAUAGAGAGUUGCUUUUAUCAGAGUCACUUUCCAGCCUGGAUGCAAUUUGGGUCAAUAUCUUCCUUUGAAAUGUCAAUAACAAAAAUGUUCCACUUGGCUUGUUCUUCAGGCAAGAAAAAUCAGAUUCCAGGGCUGGUAGCUAAACCCAGGAGUUUGUACUCCAGCCCUGGGAGCAGCCAGUGUUCCUGAUAAGCUCAAGGUGCUGCUUAUCAAGGUCAAGGGCUGAGGACAUUUCUGAGAUCGUGGUGAGGCCUUGGGGACUUAGAGGAUUCCCCUCCCCAGGAGCUGUGCCACUGUCCUUGUUCUGUGCUGAAUUGCACAGAAUCCCCUGUGCAGCUUUGUUCAGGAUGCUGCUCUGCUCUCUUCUCAAGCUGUUGUUUCAAUUAGGUGCUGCCAUUAAGUUUUCAAAUCAGAUUUUCUCUUUUAUAAAAAAGUUUGGAAGCCAACUGAAAAUAUUUGAGCCUUCCCAAUCUCCAGUGAAAGCAGAAACAUUCCACUGCAACACCAGAAAGUGCAAUAACUCUGCUCCUGUGCUUUCAACCCACGGUGAAAUCACUGGGUAGAUCCAGUGUCCAAAACCCAACCCAAACCUCCCUGAGUGGCUGUUCUGGGUAAGAAAAUACUUAUUUUAUAAAGCACAUGAAAGAUCCAGAGAAAAAGAGAGCACAGAGUUUCUCCAUUACCUGGAAUACCAAAGAGGAAGUUUUUUAGUAUUGAGGGUUUGUCAGACUGAAAUGAAGUUGUUGUCAAGGAAAGGGUGGGAACUAUAAGAGUGAUUGAUGAAAAAUGAAACACUGGAAAUGCUGACCCAGGUGUGACUGAUGGAUCAGCCCUGUCUUUUCUUUCCAGGGGGUAAUGGGCAACAUCCAUCCCCAAAUCUGAGAGACAAUGGAACAUGAAGCCAAGACAGGCACUUUUUAGAACCAGUUACUCUAUGGAUCAUCAGUUCUUUGGAUAUUUUUAAUAAAUUCUCUAAUUUUCAUUAGAGAUCCAAAACUGGAGAGGGUUUUGAUUGACUACUGAAGGACCUAAAGGUGCCAUUGGAUAAUUAUUGUACAAAUCCAGCUUGCAGAAGGCUCCUGGAAACGUUUGUAUGGUGCUUUGCCUUUGGAAUUGCCAUUGGAGGAGUUGAAUAAUCUUUCCUUCCUAAAAAUGUUGUCUCCACAAAACUCCAGUGUUACUACACGUGUGUACAACCACCACCAGGUUACUCAGUGUUGUAAGCUUGGAGUAAUCUUGCUGCUUUUAACUCCAGUGGCAAAACAGAGCCAAACCCAAAAAUUAAUGUCUUUUAAACCUCUUGGAUUUCGUGUGUGCAGCCUCAGGCAAAGGCUACAGUGUGUUAAGAGCCUUUCAUGCUGAUGCUGGAACUUAGGAGCUGGAAAAGAUUCCAGGGUUUCCUCUUUUUCCACAAGCCCAUGGUUUGAAAACCAGUGAAGGAGAAGCUUUUUUGUUUUUGGUGGCAGCUCUGGGCUGUUUGCAGAGCAGAAGUGAGGAGCUGCUCAAAGCCCUGCAGUGUCCUGAGCUCAGCUGGGAUCUGCUGCCCAGGAAAGCUGUGUUCCCUGCCUCUGGAGCAUCCUUUGCCCAGGAAAGCUGUGUUCCCUCCCCCUGGAGCAUCCUUGAGCAUCCUCUGCUGCCCAGGAAAGCUGUGUUCCCUGCCUCUGGAGCAUCCUCUGCUGUCCAGGAAAGCUGUGUUCCCUGCUCCUGGAGCAUCCUCUGCUCUCUGGAAGUGUGGGAGGAAUGGAGGAGCUGUUACUGCUGUUGGGAAUCUGCUGCUGCUGCUGGGGAAAGUUCCUGCAACUGGUUGAUUCCUGGGGAAGCAGCCAUGCUUUGUGAGGUCAGAAAUCCUGCUUUUAUUUGGAACAGUGCAUUUGGAUUCCUGUCACUGAGAGAGCUGGGAGGGAAGAGGGAUCUGAUUUGCUGCAGAUGGGCUCUGCUUGGGUAAAACUCUCCCUUUUCUGGAGCUGCUCCUGCCUCACCAGGACAUUCCAUGGUUUCUCCAGGACAUUCCAUGGUUUCUCCAGGACAUUCCGUGGCUUCCUGCCUUUUCCCAGUGUCUCCUGUGCUACAGGCAGGUGUAACCUUGUAGUGGCCUGUCAUACUCUGUGUUAAAACUCCUACUCUGAAGCACAAGAGGGACUCGUGGAGCUUCACUUGAAAUGUCUUAAAUGUGAACUUUGUUCUGUGGAUUCUUAAAUUGGGGUUUUCUUUUGCUGUUGUCACCUGUGGGAGAGAAAAUCCAAUUGGUGCUGUUUGCUCUGCAGGGAAAAAGUGGGAAUAAUUGGGUUGUCCAUAGUUUUAGUUCUCCAUGGCCUCUUUAGGGGUGAGGAAAAGCAGUUUGUAAAAGCUUUUAGGUCUUGGUCUGUUCUUGUGCUUAGUGAUUGCCUUUCCAAGUUAAUUCCUUGGAAUAAAAAUCCACCUGCUCUGAUGCAGAGCCAUCCUGGCUGGGAUGGAGGAGAUGGGCUUGGAGGGAGCUGGGAAGCUUCAGGAAGCUUCCCCAGUCCUACAGAGUGGGAUUUGGCAGGAGCUGAAGGUGCCCAGAGCACCACAGGAUCUCCAGGUGGGAAUGCUGGUGUGGAGCAGCCCUGUGGUGUUGUUUCCAUCGUUUCUGGGAGCAGAGAGCCCCCAGAGGUGCUCCCAAAGCUGAGGCAGCCCCAGGAAAAACCUUGGAAAGGGAAGAGCUCCUGUUCCAGGCUCCUUCAGCUCCUUGCUGACCUGGUCUUGUGCAGCCACAGAGCCCAGGGGAAUUUGCUGGCAGGAUGCAGUGCUGGGUACCCAGGAAGGACCAGGAGCAUUCCAGAGGGGUUUUCCUCUCCUCCCACCCCCUCUGCUCUGUGCUGAGGGCUGGGGUUGUUUUUAGAGGGACCUCUCCCAGCUAUUCCUGGUUUCCAUCCUUCCCUCAUGCACAUCCAGGCAUUCCCUGGGGAAAACCUGCUCUGCAUGUCCUAUUUGUGUUUAAUUACCACCCAGCACUUGAUUAAUUAGCUGAGGAAGCAGGGGAUGGUAAAGCCUGUGCUUGGGACCAGGGCCAUUCGUUAGGGCAGGUUUGCUAAUGACAUUAAUUAACGUGACCCCCUGGGAGCUGCAGGGACAGGGCAGGACCAAGGGGUUGUUUUUAUAUCAUUUCUAUAUUUCCAUCUAUUGAAUGUAGCAGAAACUACUGGAGUAACUCAGCACUGGAUCCCAUCCUCUGGCUGGAUUUUCCUUGGCAUCCCCAAGCUGAUCCUUUUAGGAAUGUCCCUGAAACCCUGUAGUGCUGGCUGGGAAUGUCCCUGUUGCUGUUUGUGUCUGUGUCACUGCUGAGGGACAGUUGUGGGGGUAAGUCCCAGUUUGUGCCCCGAGGGCUCUGUGGGGCUCUUCCGUUCCUGCACUGCUUGAAGCUGAUCUUGUCUAGAGAAGAAUUGUGUCUUUUCUCUCUGUUUGUCCCAUGGAGUCUCUCUUGGAUUGCAGGUAUUUUUAUUCCCUAAAAAUAAAAUAAACACUUGGCCUU